CGCGUGUUCACGACGCCUGUGCUGGUCACGUGCCUUCGCGCGGCCCAGCUCGCUGCAACCACAUUCAACCAUGCCAGCAUCCAGAAGACCUCAUGCCAAGACAUAAUUCCAAGACACACAUCCCUAGACCUGUACCAGAGCCCGUGACUCGUAAUUCACGAUGCCGCCAAAGAGAGACAUCAGAGACUUCUUCAAGCCCGCAUCUCAACCCUCGCGCCCGCCAUACCCCCCGACAUCCCCGCCGCAGACAGAUGGGAAUGCGCCUCGAGUAUGGCCGUCCGCGCGCUCAACCUUCCGUCACGGCAAUGUCUCUGCUCGCUCCUCUCCAACCUCUCCAACGUCUACCCACAUAGGCACAAAGCAGUCAUGGAUCAUCACCGACACGACCCCGCGAGCAACCAUGACAACCUGCCCGCCCAGCACAUCGCAGUCGUCGACAAACUCGAGUGGCAGCAAAAGAAUCGUACUCAAUGGAGAGCAGAUGGUGCAGAACUCGGACUCCGACACUGAUUCAGAUUCGCUUGAGGAAAUUGACUUUGGUCUCAAGAAGAAAUCUCCCCCCCGCAAAAUAAUAUUGGACGAUUUCAAGGCCAAUGGGAAGACUAGAGGGGGCCCUACCUUACGGUCUGGGCCCUUCAGCCGGACACAGAAGAAUGCUCUUCGUAGGCCUUCCGAUAGGCCCGCCAAGUUCUCGAAGUCGUCAUUGAACCACCUUGCGGCUAAGGCACAGCAGUUUUCCGAAAUCGAGCGAGAUAUUGCUGAAAACAAGGCUGACAUGGAGAAACCUGUCGAGCAAGACCCUACCUUAGACCUAGUCAUCAGCGAGGAGGUGCUCGCUGGGGUAGUCACAGACCAGGAGGGUGGUGACAAGGCAAAGCGGCUGUAUCUUGCCAUGCAGAGGACUAAUGCCCUUGAUCACAACCACGUAUUUCACUUCUUUAGCGACAAAUUCGAUCCGAGCUCCGUCAAACCGUCUGAUUUUCCAUCCGAAUGCCUGCCCAACCAACACUGGGCCACAAACUUUGAAGGUUCGGGCAUCUGUCCUAGAAUGUUUCAGCAUCCUCUAAAUUUUCUAGAUGCUGCCAGUGAUCAGGCAUUUCUGUCUGGUUACGCUCAGCAAAUCUUCCAGUUCCAGGAGCUCCCAGAGGAGCUGGCUUCCUGGAUGAUCGAACAAAUCUGUCUCGGGCGGAGCGAUAUGUUGAGUAACAGGUAUAUCCAAUUGCUCGAAGCUGAUUCUCGUCACCUUCAAGCCAUCUUUACGAGGGAUGGGCUCGACUUCAUUUUCAAUUGCUUGGGCGCCGACACCCAGUGUCUGAAUUCUUUGCAGGGGAUAGUUCCUUCCAGAGAGCCUCCAGAUGCUGCCAAACGACCGCUUCCACCGGCCUUAAAAUGGGUCAUUCAUCUUCUUGAAAGAGCUGCAAAGAGUGUACCUCCUACUUCGAGGAGUGACGUUCUCUAUCUUCUCUUUCAUGUCUGCUUUGAUGACAGCGUUAUGUCGAAUGCAGAGGUGCUACAUAGCGUUCAAUCUACCAUCGAGAAGAUCAUUUGCGUCAUACCACCAGAUGAACUGACCCCUGUUUUGAAUGAUUUCCUCCCCUCGCUCCUCCCGCGCAUUACCCAUCCCAUCCUUCAAAAUAACCUCGUGCAGUCCCUCCCCGCUAACACGCCUUUGACUGCGCAUCUCCAACGGCAUCUAGCGCUUGCUUUCUUUAUCCAACCGAAGCAGCUCAAUGUCCCUCUAUCUGAUCCCAGCGUUCCCUUCCUUAUCCGCAGCCACAUUCAGAAUUCUCCAGACUAUGUUUUCACUAAGAAGACCGAUUACAAAACUCUCGCUGCCCGUCUAUCCCUCUUGGAUGUUGCCAUUGGUCCCGGUCCGAUGACGGUCCCUUAUGUGCCUAUAAUCAAUCCAACGCCCCCCCCGGGACCCUCCACUACCGCAUCCACAUCGGCCUCGACUCCAAUAUAUCUCUCUCCCGAGGAAAUCGCAUUCAACAAACAAGUCGACAGGCUCGCCCAGCAAGUCAAGCUCCUUAGCAACAAUAUCGUUGAAACCGGCGCCUUAAGCGAUAUGGCCCGAUUAGAUGCGAAGGAUGCCAGUGAGCGACUGUACCAUCGUCUUGAUCAUGCAGUGAGGACCCGUGGCCGGAAUGGUGGGAAUCCAUUUGAAGACGAGGGAAAAGUAAAGUUUCAGACGCCCAUGAACAAAUGGUUUGUGAAGACAGCGGCCAGCAGGGCAGCGAGUGUUAGUGGGGAAGCCAAUAGCGUCAAGAGCGAAGCUGUGAGUGUAAGUGGGGAGGAUUGUGGAAUCAAGAGCGAGAUGACGAGUGUGAAUGGUCCUGAAGGGAUCUGAAUCAUUCUCAUAUGGUACGACCGGCACCUAGAAAUCUACGACGGGAUCUGGUUUGCAGUCGAUGGGGAAUGUUGUAGCAAAUUCAUUUAAGUAGGCUUAUACUCCAAAAGUCUAGGCGGA